GCGUUUUUGUGCACAAUUUUCAUAAGUUCUCGAAGCCGAAAAAAUGGCUCAGAAGCUCGUAAAUUUUCAUCACGACGGUGGAUUUUGGACUCGGCUUUAUUACAAUAAAAAUUGAGGAUUCGAAGUCAAGAAAACACGCGAGAGCAAAAUGAAUUUUCGAAGAAACGUUUGUGUGGAGUUGAUGCUCGUGAUCCUCGCUGUCACUUUCGAUGAGAGCGUUUCAGUGGAAUGUUUUUAUGACACUUCGAACGACACAUCGAGUGCGGGAAAACCCCUUUACGUAUUGUCAUGGCUAAGAAAUUACUACGGGCACCCCGAGUGCGCACAAAUUAAAGCGAAGGUAUCACAUCCGCAAUUACCGGACAUUCCGAGCUACGCCGGUUAUUUCACGGUUAACAAAAACUUAGGCUCCAAUUUAUUUUUCUGGUAUUUUCCUGCGCGUGAGAGUCCAGAGACAGCUCCAGUGGUUCUGUUUGUCGAGGGUGGCCCCGGAGUGUCGUCAUUCUACAGCAUUUUCCUGCAAAAUGGUCAGGUCGAUCUCGAGUCUAACAUCUACUUCAGUAUACGCAAGAAAGCCUGGAACCGGAAGCACCACAUGCUGUACAUUGACAGUCCAGUUGGUAGCGGCUAUAGUUUUACUCAAUGGGAGGUGGGUUACCCGUCGUCGACGCAGCAUGUGGUCAAGGACCUGUGGGCAGCUGUGUACCAAUUCUUCUGGCUCUUCCCAGCUCUCAAUUCCAACAGAUUUUACGUGUUUGGUGAGUCGUACGCUGGGAAAUUGGUGCCAGCGUUAACCUGGUUGAUCCACCAGAACAAUAUCCACUUGUCGGAUGACAAUAAGAUCAAUCUGGCUGGAAUGGUGAUUGGGAAUGGCUUCAUGGACCCGGUGAACCAGCUCGAAUACAGCGAGCAUCUCUACGAGUUUGGACUCGUCAGCCAGAAAGAACGGGAUCGGCUAAGUCAGCUAGAGAAGAAAAUUCAAUAUGAGGCUCAGGCACACUUUGACUCAAAACACCCUCGAGGCACCGAGCAAGUGACUCCCCUCUUCGGAGAGUUGGACUCUCUCGUUAAAAAAUUGACUGGAUACUCCUCGAUGUUCAACCUCCUCGAUACCAAAUCUGGACGCAACAAAUGGGAGCCGUUCGAGUGGGUCCAAAAACCUGACGUACGGGGUGCCCUCCAUGUUGGCAAAAAUAAAUUCAGCGAGGUUUCCCUCAAGGUCAGGAACAAGCUCAGAUCCACUUUCAUCGAGCCUGAAAUCCACAAUCUCACCGCCGUCCUCAACAACUAUCCGGUUCUCAUCUACAAUGGGAAUCUCGAUGCCUUUUGCUCUUACACAUCCGUCGAAAGGUACCUUAAAAACCUGUUGAACUGGAGACACGUUGCUGAGUACAAAAGCGCCAAAAGAGAAUUCGGGUACGAUGAGAAUGGCAAGUUUGCUUGGUACCUCAAAAAAGCAGGCAACCUCUACGAAGUUCUUAUCAGAAACUCUGGGCAUUUGUCUAUGAUCGACCAACCGAGCUGGACUUUGGAAGUUUUGGAGAAAUUCACCUUUAAAAAGUUCUAGAAAUUAAGAGAAGCGAUUUUUUAUCAUAUUUUAUUUAUAAUAAUGUGCAUGAAAGUAGAAUUUUUUUGCAGCAUCUCCGCUUUAAUUCUCAUUGCUUAGCUGUGCGAUGCUGCAUGACGUAGUUCUCUAGAAAUAUACUAAAAAUUACUGUUUUCAAUCUAA